UCGCACUGUAUGAUUGGAUUUUUAUGUUCAGCCUCCUGCCGGUAUGUCCUCGAGAAAGGAGGGGUCUUCCAGUUCUAGGAAUAGAAUGUUCUCUCUAAAGAAAUGGAACGCGGUGGCGAUGUGGAGCUGGGAUGUGGAAUGUGAUACCUGUGCGAUCUGCCGGGUGCAAGUUAUGGAUGCGUGCCUACGCUGUCAAGCAGAGAACAAGCAAGAGGACUGUGUGGUGGUGUGGGGAGAAUGUAACCACUCCUUCCACAACUGCUGUAUGUCCCUGUGGGUAAAGCAGAAUAACAGAUGCCCACUAUGCCAACAAGACUGGGUGGUGCAAAGAAUAGGUAAAUGAUUCUUGUUGGAUCAUCCUCUGCUGUCCAUGUCUACUGCUGAACAUCCUCAUCAGUCUGGAUCAACCUUGUGAAUUGCUGCAGAUUUGUUAAAAAUAAAAUUAAAAAAAAAAUGUGUAGCAGGUGCCGGAUGUCCUUACCCAGCAUUCUGUUUGUAUGAAGCGUAUGAGUUAACCUUCCUUACAGCUCCUUGUUCAGGUGCUGUUAGUGAUUGGGAAGCGGGAGUGCUAAGUGGUUAUUUAUAUAAACUGUGGCUGCCGGAGAGCUUUCUCCAGUAGCGAAGGCAUUGGAGAGUAAUGUAUUGUAGGAAUGGUAUUCGCUCUGGUGUCUCUACAACAACGCACGUAAUGAUACCAAACUUUAUCUUGUAUGAAUAUGUAAUAAAACUUGUUCAACUUC